AUGGAUGAAAAAAAUGAUCCCCCAACAGCUAAACCUGAAGAUGAAGUAAAUGCAGCCAAAUGCCUUUCAGUCCAAAUGGUAUCUGCAGAAGACAAGUUGGAAAAGAGGAUUCUGGCAAGGAAAAAGCAUGACAAAUUGAAGAAAAAAGAUAAGUUGCUAUGGAAUUUUCAAAACAAAAUAAUUCUCUUUACCCUCAUUCUAUUAAUUUUAGGAGUUGUAACCUGGACAUUACUGUGGCUCUUCAUUGUUCAGGCAGAAAACAAAGUUGCAUUGUAUUUUGUUGGACUGUUCCGUGUUGCCAACAUAGAGUUUCUUCCAGAAUAUAGGCAGAAAGAGUCAAAGGAAUUCCUCUCUAUGGCACAGACUGUGCAGCAUGUGAUGAACUUGGUCUACACAACUUCUUCUCUCUCCAAAUUUUACAAGCAUUCCACCGUCUCAGAAGUCAGUAACAACAACAAUGGAGGCCUUCUUGUUCAUUUCUGGAUCGUAUUUGUGGUACCACGGGCGAAGGGGAAAGUGCUGUGUGAGGAUUGUGUGGCUGCCAUUUUAAAGGAUUCCAUUCAGACAAGUAUCAUUAACCGGACUUCAGUGGGAAGCCUUCAGGGCCUUGCAGUUGACAUGGAUUCCAUUGUCCUAAGUGCAGGUCUUCGGUCAGAUUACUGGUCAACAACGGGAACAGGAACAAAUUGCAUGUAUGAUCUCUAUGCUGACCGACUACAUGAGCACUUUCCUCUGGAUACUCAAGCUACCUCAGAGAGAACAAUCUGCUAUUUUAAGCUUAUUGCAUCUGUGGGCCACAUUGUCCGCCUUUCCAUAGUAUCCCUUCAGAUUGAAGCAGAUAACUGCAUCACUGACUCGCUCACCAUUUAUGACUCUCUGAUGCCAAUCAAAGAUAAGAUACUCUACAGAGCCUGUGAACCACCUGAUUCAUUGGUGUCACUUGUGUCCACAAAUAAUCUCAUGCUGGUAAUAUUUAAGGCAGCACAAGUAAAGGAGCAAAAGGAAUUCCAUGGCUAUUUUGAGGUCAUUACACAAGAAAGGUGUGGAAAAGCAAUAGUGACAAAAGAGGUAACGGGCUAUGAAGGGAGAAUCACAAGUCCAUAUUACCCAAGCUAUUAUCCUCCAAAAUGCCUGUGUGCAUGGAACUUCCAGACUCCACAGAAAGGCCUUGGUAUAGCUCUGAAGUUCCAUAACUAUACCAUUAGUGAAAAGAAUAUUAAAGGCUGUGAGCGAGGAUGGUGGAAAAUUAAUGAACGCAUGUACUGUGGUUACUACAUCGAUCACCAAACAGUGUUCCACAUUACAAGUUCUGCUGUCAGUGUGGAGCUGCAGUGCAGUUCGAAGGUCUCUGAGAAGCCCCUGCUGGUGGAGUACGGCAGCUAUGACAUUGGCCAGCCAUGUCCACCUGGACAUUUCAAGUGUUCUACCGGCUUAUGCAUCCAGCAGAUGCAGCGCUGUGAUGGCAUAAACAACUGCUUUGAUGAAAGUGAUGAACUUUCUUGUGUUGUCCCUGAGUGGAACUGUAACUCCAGCUUUGCAAUACAGGGCAACUUGCUUGCCUGCAACGGAGUAAGUGAUUGUGAGAACGGAAAAGAUGAGCAGAACUGCACCCACAGUAUUCCCUGUACCAACCGCACAUUCAAGUGCAGGAAUGACAUUUGCAUUAGGAAACAAUAUGCAAGGUGUGAUGGGACUGUGGACUGUGUUGAUGGAAGUGAUGAAAGCAGCUGCAGCUGUGGCAGUAGCAAGAUCAGCAACCUCAUCUCUCGGAUUGUGGGUGGCUCAAACACUGAGGAAGGUGAAUGGCCCUGGCAGGUCAGCCUUCAUUUUGUGGGAGCUGCUUACUGUGGAGCAUCAGUGAUAUCAAAAGAAUGGCUUGUGUCUGCAGCCCACUGCUUCCAAGGGAGCAAGCUGGCUGACCCCAGAGCAUGGCGUGCCCACCUGGGCAUGCAGAUGCAGGGCCAUGCCAAGUUUGUGUCUGCGGUGCGGCGGAUCAUAGUGCACGAGUACUACAACAGCAGGAACUACGACUACGACAUUGCGCUGCUGCAGCUGAGCAUGCCCUGGCCAGACACCAUGGGCCACCUCAUCCAGCCCAUCUGCCUCCCUCCCUCUUCCCAUAAAGUCCACAGUGGGGACAAGUGCUGGAUAACAGGUUGGGGCCAAAAGCAGGAAGCAGACAAUGAAGGUUCAGCAGUACUUCAGAAAGCAGAGGUAGAAAUUAUUGACCAGACACUAUGUCAUUCCACAUACGGGAUUAUCACGGCCAGGAUGUUUUGUGCUGGACUAUUGUCUGGGGAAAGAGAUGGGUGUAAAGGUGAUUCUGGUGGACCACUGUCAUGUCAAAGCAAUGGAGAUGGAAAAUGGUUUUUGACUGGCAUUGUGAGCUGGGGAUAUGGAUGUGGAAGACCAAAUUUCCCAGGUGUCUACACAAGAGUGUCAAAUUUUGCACCAUGGAUACACAAAUAUGUGCCUUCAGUCUUGUAACUUGAAAGCUGUUUUCUUGGAAUG